CUCUGAUCCAAUGACUGUUUUUUCUGGUUCUUUUGGUUUUGUUAACUUAAGCAAUUCAAAAAGCAUAACUUUUAGCCAUUGGGUUUGUGAUUUAAGGCAUCAAGAGAAACUCAGAGUUUGAUUUGUUGAGAGUUUAUCGAUGGGGAAGAAUAUCAUUGGCGAUGGUUUGAUGUUCAAAAUGUUGGUUGUGAUAUUGACAGUCAUAGUUUGUGGAGUUGUGGAGGUUGGUUCACUUUCUAAACACGAGAGUAAGAAAAUGAACUCUCUUAGGAAGCAAGCAACAAAAAGCAUUCAGAGCGAAGAUGGCGACAUUAUUGAUUGUGUUAGCAUCUACGACCAGCCAGCUUUUGAUCAUCCUGCUCUCAGAAAUCACACCAUCCAGAUGGCACCUACUUAUGAUCCCACCAUGGAUAAGCAUUCAAAGAAAGCAACAGCAGAAAAGGAAGGGAUGGGGGAAAAGAAUUCAAUGGGUGUGAAACAACCAUGGAGGAACAGUGGUAGUUGUCCUAAAGAAACAAUACCGAUUCGAAGGAUCCGAAAACAUGCUAAUUCGGUAUAUAGCUAUGGAAAAAAGAGACCGACGCCUUUGCUCGAAAUCGCUCAGCUUUCCAACAGCCGAAGUUCGCACUUUCUAUUAAAGAAUCAUUCGAAGGCAAUUCUGCUUGCUGUUGGAAACAACUUCAAUGGAGCCAAAGGAGACAUUAAAGUAUGUAACCCCAACGUCGAAUUUGAUGAUGAAUACAGUACUUCCCAAGUGGCUCUAUUAACCGGCCCUUACUAUAACUACGAGGCUAUCGAAUCCGGAUGGGCAGUAAAUCCAGGUGUUUACGGGGAUCGACAGACUCGACUGUUCGUGUAUUGGACUAUUGAUGCUUCCCAUAAAACAGGUUGCUUUGAUCUAACUUGUCCUGGUUUUGUUCAAACAAGUAACGAAAUUGCUCUUGGUUCUGCUAUUUAUCCAAUCUCAACUUCAGCUGAGCUUCCAUUUGAAAUAACUAUGUUCCUUUUUAGAGAUUUCGAGACCAAUAAUUGGUGGGUACAAUAUGGUGAAAGCAUUAACAUAGGUUAUUGGCCUUCUGAGUUAUUCAAAGCUCUAAAAUAUACUGCAGAAACAGUACAAUGGGGAGGGGAAGUUUACAGCACAAAGUUAGGAGGACCUCCUCAUACUGCAACAGGUAUGGGCAAUGGAAAGUUUCCUGACUACAUAAGUGGUGAUUCGGGUUGGGUAAAGCGGAUAAGAGUUCGAGACAACUCGAUGAUUUUGAAGUUUCCUAAUUUUGUUGAGCACUACUCCGAUGAAUAUGAUUGUUACGAUGUUGACUUUAUCCGAGAAUAUUUAGACGACCCUGAGCUAUACUAUGGAGGACCUGGUAAGAAUUGGAGGUGUCCUUGAAGAGAGUUUUACAAAAAUAGGAUAUCCAUGAAGUACAUUAGGGUCCUUCAUGAAAUGAAUAAUAUAGUACGAUCAAGAUGAAAGUCCUUUCUUUUGUU